AAUUUCACACAUUGCCUAAGUCUCUUCUUUACAUCAAAAGGCAAAACAAUGAUAUCCAAAAUUUUAGUAGCUCUCAUUUCUCUCGUCAACCUAGCCCUAAUCCUUCCCUCAAGUGCCCAAAACACACCACAAGACUACCUCGAUGCCCAUAAUAUAGCUCGUAUAGCCGUAGGUGCAGGGCUCGAACUAAUGACAUGGGACGAUAAUGUGGCCGCGUAUGCUCAGAAUUAUGCAAAUCAACGCAUCAACGAUUGCGCACUUGUGCAAUCCGGGGGACCUUAUGGCGAGAACAUAGAGUGGAGCAACGUCGAUCUUUCGGGCACGGAUGCGGUGAAGUUGUGGGUUGAUGAGAAAGCUUUCUAUGACUAUAACUCGAACUCUUGUACAUCGGGCCAUCAGUGCAAUCUCUACACUCAAGUGAUCUGGCGUACGUCGGUUCGAUUAGGAUGUGCCAGGGUUAGGUGCACAAAUGGUGGAACAAUUGUUAUUUGUAACUAUGAUCCGCCAGGCAACUUUAUUGGACAGAAACCUUAUUAAAAUGUUUGAUCGUGUGUGCUACAUUUGGAUUUGUAUAGCCUAUAUAUAAAUAAGCCAUUAAAAUCUUGAGGUUUCUAUGGAAGAACUCUCAAGUUUUAAUUGGAGGGCUAUAGAAAGAAUAAAUGAAAUAAUGAAAUUAAAUAUAUUGUAUUGUGUAUUUUUGUUGUGCGUAAAUGAAUAUUAAUAAAAAAUAAUAUGAAGUUUGCAA